CGCAGCGCGGCCGACGCGGCUCUUUCCGACGCUCGCCGCCGCAGCAUGAGCGGGCCGGGGCUGCUGGGGCCCGGCGGCGGCUCGGGGCUGCCGCCGCUGCCUAAGAGCUUGAGCGGGCUGCUCAACUCCUCCUCCUCCGGCGGCGGCGGCCAGGGCGGGCGCUGGCGGGACCUGGAGCGGCUCUACGCGCAGAAGUCCCGCAUCCAGGACGAGCUGAGCGGCGGCGGCCGGGGCUCGCCGCGGCCCCCCAAGCCUCCCAACCUGGACGCGGCGCUGGCUCUGCUCCGCAAGGAGAUGGUUGGCCUUCGGCAGCUAGAUAUGUCACUUCUGUGUCAGCUGUACUCCCUGUAUGAAUCCAUUCAAGAAUAUAAAGGUGCCUGCCAAGCUGACUCUAAUGCAGACUGCACGUAUGCUCUGGAAAAUGGCUUUUUUGAUGAAGAGGAGGAAUAUUUCUAGAAAUAAGAAGGCUGGUCUAAUUCUUCGGUCCUACUCUUGCUACGUACACUAAGUCACUAAGAAUGACUGGAAUCUCUACGGAUGGAUCUCUUCUUGAGGAGGAGCACCCAGCUAUCCUAACUUGCAUUCAAUUCACUUAUUCUAACAUGCUGUCAGCACAAGUUACUCAUGCAAAUACCACUUGACGAAAGUGCUGUACUGUAACUUCUGAAGAGUCCUCAAACAUGUUUGACAAGGGUUUUCAAUGUAAUUGCAAGGUGGGUGUUUUCAGCUUACAAACACUGAUAGCUUAUAACUGGAAUUUUAAUCAUAGAAGACAAUAAUGACUUCCUGAUCUGUAGCAACUCUUUGGGGUGGGGAAAGCCUCCGCUGUGGUGUAAAUAGCUAUAGGUGAUUUUGUUCUGAAACAGUGUUGAUAAAUGCAGUUUGAACAGGCAUCUGGAUGCACGCACAUCCUCAGCUCUACUAAGCUAGUUCUGCUCUUAUCAGCUGCAUCCAGUUUUGUACUGGGUGGAUUGUUUACACAGUUUAAUUUUUUUUUCUUAAGCUAAUUUUGACUUCCUUACACCCAGCUUACAAGCUGUACAUGUGAUACUGAAUGCUAUCAGCAGUUUUUUUCUGUUGAUCUAAUUCACUUUCUUGGUACUGCCAUUUGGCAUUAAUUUUUAUACAGUUGUCUGGAUUUCUGGCAAAACAGCUCUUUGACCUGCUAAACUCUGUUCUGAAAUGGUUUGCUUAGCUUUUACUGUACUGCGGAGUAAAAGCACAGAAUCAAACAUAGUCUGUCUGCCACUGUGUGGCUUGGAAUAACGUGAACUCUUGUGCAAGUGUUCUGGAUCAUAUGAAGGAGACCUCUCAUAUGACAAAAUGGGACAAAUUGCAAUAUUUUGUAUUGGGUGAACUUUGUUUCUGUAAGGUAGAUUACAGCUCUUUUUAAAAACGCAAAAUAAAUAUUUUGAGCACAUACUUUGCAUACGUUAAAACUUUUUAUACUGACUUGUUCUUUGAAGUAUAACUUAUUUUUGUUUUCAGAACUUAAAGCACUCAAUUUUCUUUUUAAAAUUUCAUAGCCUGUACCUGUAACGCUUAAUUAGUGUGGAAUACAUGAGUUGCCAACUAUCUUACUCUUCCCUCAUUUCUGUUUUAAGUAAAAACCAGCUCCCAAUGUGAUUUUCAUUUAACUUUCAUUUUAAAAAUGCUGUAAAUCACAGUGCCUGACUCAUGACACAAGCUAAUAAUAAGGGCUUAAAGCUCAAGGGGUUUUUGCAUGGUUUACGUCUGGCAUGCAUACAGUUUACAGAAUGAAUUUGAAAUCAAUUUCUGGAGUAGCUACUCUCUUAGUUUUUUUUUAGCAAAUGCUAGGAUGUUGCAGUGAUAAAAGCAAAGAGACCUUCAGGGUGGAGUUUUUGUGCGUUCUCUCUAAAACUUUUAUUUAGUGGAAUUUAAUGGCCACAAGAGUAAAGACUGUGCUGUAAUUGUGUAUGUGUUUAAGCUCUUAAACUAGUCUGUGAAAAUUGCUGGAUUUCUUUUUGUUAAUUCUGGUCUAAUUACUUCUCUCACACAAAACUAAACUAAGUCAGAUGCAAAUAAUCCAAAUGGCUACAUCUAUAUUUAAACUGCUGUGUGCAUGUAUGUGUUAUGUAUAUGUACACACAUACAUGUGCAUGCAACUUGAUGCUUUGACCUAGGAAUGUAUCAGCUUCGAAUAUAAUUUGCUGUGCUUUUGGUAUUUAUAUGAGGCUUUUUCUAGUCUGUUGAAAUACUGCUAUUUUCUUGCUUUUCCUGAAAAAUAAAAAGCACGGUGUUUAGCAGAGCUUCAUGUCUGUGUGUUAAUUUGUCAUUUCAAUACAUCCAGCACCCCCAAAGACUUCUUUGAAUUAAGCAUAGAAAUUCUGUCUCUGCAAGAACCAAAGGUUGUUUUACAGAUGCUUAUGCAGUGCAAUUCCUGAGCAGUCCCAAUGGUGAGAAUGGACUUAAGCAAAAUUUGUAAAGUUUUCUCUUCAUUGCUAACUUUAAGCUUCAUUUGAAAUCAUCUGUGCUUUUUAAUGCAGCAUACUUGUGAGCUAGGAAAUGUGGCAUGUACCAAGAGAAACAUCAGUGUCUCAAGGAAUUACUCCACAAUGCUAUUUGUACUGGAAGAAGGAUGGACUAUUAGACUUGCUAAGGUUUUAACACUUUGUCCCUUUGAAGACCACCUUGCAUAAGAGGGAAGUUGUGGUCCUUAUUCCUAAGCUAGAUUCAAACGCAGUGAUGGCUGGCUGGCUAGUGAGAAGUUUAAAAAAAAUAAUAACAAAUUUAAGUCAAUAAACAGUUGUUCCAGAAGCAUAGUUCCAUGCCUUUUGUUUUGGUUACUGAGCAGUCUCUUCAACUGUUACAUGCAGCUUCAAGUCAGAGUUUGGUUAUACACGUGAUCAAAAAAACUGUGUUACUACACAAGCCUGCUGCUUUCAGUCCAAACCAUAUAACAACAAUGCUUUUUCCCAUUUUUCCUCCAUAGCCCCAGUUUACACAUGUGCGCUUUCUUCUUGCUCUCCAGUUUGACCAGCAGGUCCUGGUUCAGCCAUGCUGGUCUCUUGCCUUUUUUCCUGAUUUCUUCCAUCUAGGGAUAGAGUGUUCUUGUGCCAUAAGGACAGCUUCCUUAAAGAUCUGCCAGCUCUGCUCUGCUCCCUUGUCCUUGAAGACGGAUUUCCAGGGGGUUUUGUUGAUGACUCCCUGAAGAACUGGAAGUUGGCUUUCCUAAAAAUAAGCUUUCUGAUUUUACUCUUUGCUUGUCCAGUAUCACUCACAAGCAUGAACUCCACCACUGCAUGGUCACUACAGUGCAGGCAGCUUCCAAUCCUGAUGUCACCGAUCAGUUCACUCAUGCUGGGGGGCAACAGGUCCAGCAUUGCAUCCGUCCCCCUUGAAGGGGUUGUCUAUUACCUGACUCAGGAAGUUGUCCUCAGUACAUUUCAGGAGCCUCCUGGAUUGCCUAUUUUACCAUCAUUUCUCUCUGUACUAGCAAGAAUGAACAAAGCUGUAAACAACACAACUGAUUUCACUUUGUUUUCUGUAAAGACUACAGCUUUUUCAGCAGUUUUCUCUAGAAAAAAAUCGAAGGUUAGCAUACUACUGCAGUCAUAAAAUGGGGACAGCAGCUAGUUAAAACAAUGAAAAUGAAUUACGUGUCAGCAAGUACAUAUUGAAGCAUCCUUGACUGACUCACUUUCGCAGCAUCUCACUUAAAGUAAAGUGAAUGAGUGUUAAUGUUUAGUCAGCUACACAGUCUCUGAGGCUGCAAUGUACAGUGAACUCUAAAGAUGGCUAAAAACAUACCUCUUGCAUCUUCAGUCUCCUUCUGUGUCAUAGCUGUGUAUCUCACCAUGACAUGGGAAAUACAUGCUCUCCCACCAGACCUAGCUGUGCUGGAUGCAGGCAUACCUGGUGAGAAUCACAGAAUCACCGAGGUUGGAAAAGACCUUCAGGAUCAUCCAGUCCAACCGUCCAUCUAUUGCCAAUAUUUCCCCACUAAAUCGUGUCCCUCAUUACCAUGGAAAGCAGACAGAAGUUGUGUGACAGAUGGGAGCCCUCAGCCAAAGGAAACCUUCACAGAUUCACUUCUGAAAAUGUGAGAAAAGACUUUUUCAUUCUAUUCAGAUAGAGUGUAUAUUACCAAGUGAUACCAUGCAACUCCUAGGCCACACGGUCAGCUUAGCUGAUGCUACUGUAGAGAAGGCUGUCAAGAAAACAGGAAAAACAUCCUGCAGCUCAGCAAUAGAAAACUUAGUAAAGUGGUUAAGAAGGUGAUUAACUGUUGUGAGCUCUUCACUAGUCUUCCUCUAGAGUGUCAACAUGUGGGGUAAAAGGAUUAGAAACAAAAUUACCAGGUUUCUGUCGGCUGUUUGAAGGCUUUUUGACAACGUACCUUCAUUUUAUUGCUAUGACAACUGCAGUCGUAUGGUCAUAAUUAAAUCACAGUCUAGUUUUGAAAUGUUCAGAGUCUGCAAACAGAAGAAUCGUAAAAUAGUGCUCUACUCAAGAACUCAAGUGUCAUAAAAUAAAAAGGAUGGCUGAUGUACUUGACAGCUAUAAGAGAUGGCAUUUAGGUCCAACUUCAGUUCCUGAGGAAUUCUCUGCCAGUUCUAUAGAUUUUAGAGGGAUGGAGCUGGAAUCAGGGGCCUUUUCCUGAAAUCAGAACUGCUGCUGCGUGGUAUCUCCAGCAACCUAUGCUGACAUAGGAGAAGUAUUCAAACAAGCAGUGCAAACAUUUUCAGAGGUGAGGUGAUGAAAUUUGCCAUAGAUAAUCAUUUGAAUAGCCUAUAAAAAUGAUUAGUGUUGCUUCACAGAAAGUUUUCAAGUAAAGGUGAAACGAAGUUGUACUCUGGCAUAGAGUCAUCUUUCAGUUUGCUUUCAAAAGAUAAGGUUUUAAUGCAAGAUUUGGUCACGUGAAAUUGAAAGACUGGGGGAAUGAUAAU